ACGUUCUUAUUGACCAAUUCUAGCAAACUGGCCCUCAACUCUCUGCGUAUCUAGCCUAUCCCGUCUUCUACGUUUAGUGACCCACAGAGAUCUCCAUUUGUAAUUCUCGUACUCACUUGUGAUCAUGGUGGCUUCCGAACUUUUUUCAUCUCUUGCUGCCCCUGUUUUUGCUGCUAUGCUGUUCAUUUUUUUCUUGAAGAGAAGAUCGAAGGAGAUCGAGGGAGGGGAGGCAAAUAACAAUGCAGCUGCAAACGAUGGAACAGCAGGAGGCGAUUCUGGUACUCACACUUCAACAGAAGUACCUGAAAUGCCUCCUCCAUUAGGAUAUGACUAUGAAGUAUUCUUGAGCUUCAGAGGAUCAGAUACUCGAGCAGGUUUUACCGACCACCUUUACACUAGACUUAAAGAUGCAGGAAUCCGCACAUUUAAGGACGACGAAGAUCUCCGCAAAGGAGAAGAGUUUGCCCCUGAACUUCUCCAAGCAAUUAAGCAGUCGAAGAUCUUAAUCCCUAUCUUUUCGAAAGAUUAUGCCUCUAGUGUAUGGUGUCUCAAGGAGGUAGUCCAAAUGGUCGAGUGCAAGAAUAAUGGGGGACAAAAGAUCAUCCCUAUUUUUUAUGAUGUUGCGCCUGCAGAGGUUCGGCACCAAACUGGGGAUUAUGAAAAGGCCUUUCUUUCACAUGAAAGCAAGAAGCGAUAUGACCAAAAGACUAUCGGAGACUGGAGGGCUGCUCUCCGUGCAGUUGGGGAAAUAAACGGACACGACCUGCAAAGCAUGCCCAACAGGCGAGAAGGUAAGUUCGUGCAAACAUUCACGCAGAAGGUUUUCAAUGAGUUGAAAAAGGCUUCUCUGCCAGUAUCAGACUACUUGGUCAGUGACGAUAACCAAGUGGAUGAAAUCAUGAAAAUGAUAGGUGCUGGGACAAGUGAAACACAGAUUAUAGGAAUCCAUGGGAUGGGUGGCAUCGGAAAGACGACUAUUGCCAAAAUCAUCUUCAAUAAGUUUUCACGCGAUUUUGAGAAUUGUUGCUUUCUUAGUGAUAUUCGAGAAACGUCAAAAAAAAAUGGCAUUCAACACUUGCAGAAUCAGCUCAUCUCUAAAAUCCUCAAAACCGAAUGCAUGGAUAUAAAAGACGUUGAUGAAGGAAGUCAGACAAUUAAAGACAGGUUGUUGAAUAAACAAGUCCUCCUUCUUCUCGAUGAUGUGGAAGAACGGAAUCAUAUUAAAGCAUUUGUAGGCAAGCGUGAUUGGUUAGGCAGAGGGAGCAAAGUUAUUAUUACUACAAGAAACAAAGAUAUUCUUGAGAUUCCUGAAGUGAACUGCAAAUAUGAGCUUAGCUAUAUGGAUGACAAUCAAUCUCUUCGACUAUUUAGUAAACACGCCUUCAGAAGAGAUUCUCCUUUAGACGAGUAUAUCGACCAAUCCAAAAGGGCGAUAGGCAUUGCUGGAGGCCUUCCGCUUACUCUUGAGGUGAUAGGUUCAUUAUUAUGUGGCACUAAAAAGGAAAAGUGGAAUCUCAUUUUGAAGAAGUUGGAAAAUGUUCCUCAUGCGACAGUUCGGAGUAAGUUAAAAAUAAGCUAUGAUGCAUUAGAUGUUCAGCAACGGCAUAUAUUCCUUGAUAUAGCUUGUUUUUUCAUUGGAUAUGACAAAGACAUUUUGAUUCAUUUCUGGGAUGAAUCGAAAUAUCCGGAAGAAACCAUGGAAGUUUUGCAGAACAUGUCUUUGAUUAAGAUUAUAGAGGAUAAUGAAGUGUGGAUGCACGACCAACUCAGAGACCUUGGAAGAGAUAUUGUUCAUCAAAAAAGUGAGAUGAAAAUAGAGAAGCAAAAUAGGGUGUGGGAUCCUAAAGAAGGAUCAGAUUUGCUGAGGAUACGCAAGGGGAAAACAGAAGUUGAAGCUUUAUGUCUCAAGUUGGACAAUCAGUGGCAGUAUCGCUUUACCUAUGAGGGCUUUGAGAGUCUAUCAUAUUUAAGGUUCCUUGAAGUGGGCGGUUCGAUGGGAAAUUUCUGUGCAGAAGCAAGGCUUCUUUGGCACGAAUCUUCAUCAAAUGUUCCUCCAACUAAUGAGAAUUCAGAUCUCCUUCCACAAUUACGAUGGCUUUCGUGGCAUCGUAUUCCCCCAACAUUUAAGAUUGCAAAUUUCUCUAUGGAGAAUGUGGCUAUUCUUGAUCUAUCUUCCAGUGAAAUCACGGAUGAUUGGAAGGGGUGGAGGCACAUGGAGGUGAUGAAGAAUUUGAAAGUUCUGGAUUUGUCCUAUUGCCCACACUUAAAGAGAACCCCCAACUUCUCUGCUCAUUCAAAUUUAGAACGUUUGAUCCUAUCGACUUGUCAUUCAUUGACCGAAAUUGAUAGAUCGAUUUAUCGGUUGAAAUGCUUAGUUUCAUUUGAUGUAAGCAAUUGUGAGAAUCUUCAGAGGCUGCCAGAAGAGAUGGGUGGAGAUCUUGCAAGCCUUAAAUACCUAUCUCUGAGUGGUUGCAAAUCAUUGAAGAGGCUUCCAGAUACAAUCGGGAAUUUGGAAUCGCUAGUUGAGUUGGAUAUAUCCUACACACGGAUUAAAGAACUACCUGAUUCCAUCGGAAAAUUGAAAAAUUUGAAAGUAGUGGAGAUGCAGUAUAGUCGCAUAAGCAAAAUACCUGAUGCCUUUUGGACGAUUGAGAAGCUCGAAGAAAUACGUGCCUCCAGAACGUCUGAUCGCAAGGGUUACCAUGUGAAUAUUGGCAAUUGCAUCUCCAGAAAUCAAUCCCUGAGGAUCUUGAGAUUGGAUGGGGCGGAUAUAUACGCGCUACCACCGAGGCUUCCGGAAAGUCUCAUCGAUUUACGGCUGUGGGAGUUGUGCAUGGACACGUUUCCAGAUCUCUCGAACCUCACUAAUUUAAAGGAACUGGAUCUGAGAUUUAGCGGAUGUGAUUAUGAUGGGAAAUCAUAUGGGCCCGUGGAAGAUCCAAUACCACGGUGGAAGGGGAACUUGAGCAAGCUGGAGUCUUUGGCCCUGCGCUUUGAUUGUGAGACCGCCUCACCAACAGACCUAAGCCUCCGUACUCAACUCAAGUCACAUGACCUCGAGUGCGGGAUUACCCCCUUACCAACAGGCCUCCCUCCUCAACUCGAGUCACUUGUACUCUCGAGCCCUAAACUGCGUCACCUCCCGAGUCUUCCCCCAAGUUUAUCCUCCUUAUGUUUGGAUGAUUGCGACUCACUUUGCUCCAUGGAGGAUCUAUCGAAUUUGACGAAUCUAUCAUCUCUCCACAUUUCGGGCGCUGCAAUUGCAGAGAUUCGAGGCCUUGGUUGUCUGGAGAACCUACGAGAUAUGACGCUUCAGAGCCUUGGACAGGUGAAGAUACUACCUGAUCUAAGCAAUUUAAACAAACUGAGGAGUCUUUGGGUAUACCGUUGUUUUAAUCUGGUCGAGAUUCAAGGGGAACUACCACGGUUUUUGGAUAGGUUGGAUAUUUCUUCAUGCCCUUCUUUGCUGAAGUUGCCCAAUCUGUCAAGCUUGACGGGUAGACAACGGGUUGUAAUAGAAAAUUGCGCUAAAUUAAAUGAGGGGGCAAUUCUUGCAUAUGCUCGGAUGCAACCACGAGAUUUGCGGCUUUUAGGCCUUGACCAGCUGCAGAUCCUACCUGAUCUAAGUUAUUCAAACGAACUAAGAUGUCUUCAUGUAGCCAGCUAUCGUAAUCUGGCUGAGAUUCAAGGCGAACUACCACAAUCUUUGGAAAAAUUGGAGAUUGAUUCCUGGGAAUCUUUACGGAAGUUGCCUGAUCUGUCGAGCUUGAAGGGGUUGCGAGAGGUUUUCAUAAGAAGAUGCGGUAGUCUGGCUGAGAUUCAAGGUGAACUACCACAAUCUUUGGAAAAAUUGUAUAUUUAUUCCUGUAAAUCUUUACAGAAGUUGCCUGAUCUGUCGAGCUUGAAGGGGUUGCGAGAGGUUUGCAUAAUUCGCUGCGGUAGUCUUGCUGAGAUUCAAGGCGAACUACCACAAUCUUUGGAAAAAUUGGAGAUUUCUUUCUGUAAAUCUUUACAGGAGUUGCCUAAUCUGUCGAGCUUGAAGUGGUUGCGAAAGGUUUGCAUAAGUGGGUGUGAUCUUCUGGCUAAGAUUCAAGGCGAACUACCACAAUCUUUGGUAAUAUUGGAGAUUUCUUUCCGUAAAUCUUCACAGAAGUUACCUGAUCUGUCGAGCUUGAAGGGGUUGCGAAAGGUUUGCAUAAGUGGGUGUGAUCGUCUGGCUGAGAUUCAAGGCGAACUACCACAAUCUUUGGAAAUAUUGGAGAUUUCUUUCUGUGAAUCUUCACAGAAGUUGCUUGAUCUGUCGAGCUUGAAGGGGUUGCGAGAGGUUGAAAUAAAUCGGUGCAAGAAAUUAGAUGUGGAGGCAAUUUCUUCGCUUUGCUCGGAGAAGGGAGUCGAAUUUCUGGAAGAAGACAAUGCAUGGGACAGAGAAGACGACGAAUCUGAAUCUAAACAUGAUGGAGAAGACAACGAAUCUGAAUCUAAGGGAGAUGAUGCCGAAUCUGAAUCUGAAGAUGAGAGAGAAGACAACGAAUCUGAAUCUCGGGGAGAAGAUGAGGAGUAAGUGCACGUUGCUCUUGAAAGCUUCUCGAUCCACGACCACAAAUUGUUCCCUCAUGUUCAAACUUUAGACAACUUGAGGUAACCUAUUUCAUCUGACAAACAAUUGUUUUCCCUUUUCUGCAAUCAAAUUCUUUCACAUAUAUGAACAGCAAAGUUUCACAUGCACUUUUUUAAUUACCUUUUCACGAGUUGAUGACUGAAAAUCUGAUGAAGCUAUUGAAAUUGUGAUACAUCUGUACAACCAGAAGGUUCUUAAUUAUUUUCAAAUAUUCGUUCUAUUUUCCUUGUUUGGUUUGGCUUUUUUGGCUAUAUAUUAUUUGGAUGGUUUCUCCUUGCUUUUAUGUUUCCCAGCUGGAGGUAUUCAUAUCGAUUGCAUAGUUUUUAUUUGACAUGUAACAAAUUAUUAGAGAUCCUUGUCGAUUUGCUGCUUCAUAUAUUUCGAAGUUGAUAACCUCGCUUUGCUUUGGAGAUAACUUUGUUAUGCUGUAAACAAUUAGAUGGAAUGUGUGCUGGAAGGUCAUAUAACUAUGGUUCUCAUCCUGGAACUUUACGGCAUAAUCAACUCAUCGUUGCAACUGUGAAGAAGACAGACACUCUGUAUUGAUAUGCUUAUGUUCAGUUUAUUGUCCAGAAUAGGCGUGCUUCUUACUGAGAUUUGCAAAUGUUAGGGAGAAGUUAUAAAAUGGAGAAAGACGAAUUUCACUUGGGUAGCGGCAUCAAUAGUUCGCCCAGAAAAACUUCCAUCUGUGGCAGGAUAGAGGAGCUACUUAGCUUCUCCGAGGUAGCUGCGGCUAAUGGGGCAGUUGUACAAAUGAAGACCAAGUAAAGGAAAAUGAGGGUGACAUAUAAUGUCAACUAAAUUCCCUUUCACAAUCUUGGGGUGGUAUUCACCUGUUGAGUGAUAGAAACUUGAAUAUUAGUGACGGAAGUCAUUGCCUAUUGAUGAAAAUGUUAAAUCUGUUAAACUCGGUUUGAAGUUUUAGUUGAAUGUUUGGCCCUUUUUUCCAGAGAAAUCAUUAGAGCAGGGCAGAGGGAUUCAUUGUGCAAUUUGGGGCAUCGCACGUAAUGUUUUUGGGGUUAAAAGGGCUAUUUAAGCAAACCUAAUUGUUUAUUAAUCCGUUUUGUGGGGCCAUAAGAAUGAAUAUUGCUCUUCAUUUG